UAGGAGGACCUGCAGCUCCGCUGUUAUUCAGCUCCUCCGCUCCGGCUCGGGCGCUAAUUGCGCAUGCGCAAUGAGAUGAAUGGCCGCUGCACCUGACGGGCCACCAGGAAGUGUGGCGGACAAAUCCUCGGCCGUUAAUCCCCGAUCGACACUGACAGUAGCAUGUUCAGCGGGCUGCAUCACUCAGAGUGACCGUCAGCAGCGUCUUCGCUCCGGGCUCGGCCUCCGGGAUCGCGCCGCUGACUGUCCGUCUCCUCCCUCCCGCCUGCCGGGCUUCAGACCCCACUGCUGCCGAGCUGAAGCUCCGUGAAGCUCCGUGAAGCUCCGUGAGGCUCCGUGAGGUCCGGGCACAGUCACCCUGACUGCAAUGGGAUGCUGCGGUAGCACGGAGAGGACAAAGAGAGAAUGGAGACCGCUGGAGGACCGGAGCUCCACAGACCUGCCCUGGUUCCUGCUCUUCAUCGUCUUCUGCGUUGGCAUGGGCAGCAUCUGUGGAUUCACUGUUGCCACCGGCGGCGCCGCGCGUCUCGUAUACGGAUAUGAUAGCUAUGGCAACACCUGUGGUCAACGCAACGAGCAGAUCGAAGGGGUCCGGCUCAGUGGGCUCGACCACACAGACAGAAAGUUUGUGUUCUUCUUGGACCCGUGUAACAUCGACAUCGUUCAGAGGAAAAUCAAAUCUGUGGCUCUGUGUGUGUCUCUGUGCCCCCCUGAAACCAUGAACACCUACCAGGACCUGCAGAGGUUCGCCAUGAUUAACGGUUCUGAGUUGUGUUCUUACGAGUUAGCGGGUCAUAAAUAUCCAGGUCUGCCUGAGAGGUUCUCCAAAUGUCCCAAACUUCCUGUUCCCCCCAGUAAGCCCCUCCCCGUGUUUAACCGCUGCACGCCGCUGGAUGUUUCGUGUUAUGCGAAGUUUGCGGAGGCCGUGGUGACGUUUGUGGGCGAUAACAGCGUCCUGCACCGCCUGAUCGCCGGCGUCGCCAGCAGCAAAGAGAUCAUCAUCGGACUGUGUGUGCUGGCUCUAGUCCUCUCUAUGAUCCUCAUGGUGAUCAUUCGCUACAUUUCCGCCGUCCUCGUCUGGAUCCUCACUGCGCUGGUCGUCCUUGGAUCCCUCGGGGGGACCAGCGUUCUCUGGUGGCUGUACAUUGAUCACCGGCUGUAUGGGAACGACACCUCCCCUAAAGUGGUGAAGGAGGAGGAGGAGGAGGAGGUCAGGCAGGACGUUGGGCAGGCGCUGCUCGUCUAUGCUGCCGCUGCCACCGUCUUCACCAUCAUCCUCUUCCUGUUGAUGCUCUUCAUGAGGAGGCGUGUCUCUCUGACCAUCGCUCUGUUUCACGUGGCAGGGAAAGUCUUCCUGCACCUUCCCCUCCUCACCCUGCAGCCUUUCGUCACCUUCCUGGCUCUCCUGCUGUUCUGGAUCUACUGGGUCCUGGUUCUGCUCUUCCUUGGGACCACUGGUAACCCGGUGCAGAAUGAGGAGACAGGUCUGACUGAGUUCAGACUGACUGGUCCUCUGCAGUACCUGACCUGGUACCACGCCGUGGGUUUGAUCUGGAUCACUGAGUUCAUCCUGGCCUGUCAGCAGAUGACUGUGGCCGGUGCCGUGGUCACCUACUACUUCACCAGGGACAAGAACCGUCUCCCGCUGACCCCCAUCCUGUCCUCCGUCCUGAGGCUGGUCAGGUAUCACCUGGGCACUGUCGCCAAAGGAUCCUUUAUAAUUACACUGGUCAAGAUCCCCCGACUCAUCCUCAUGUACAUACACAACCAGCUCAAAGGAAAGGAGAAUGCGUGUGCUCGCUGCCUGCUGAAAACUUGUAUCUGCUGUCUGUGGUGUUUGGAGAAGUGCCUCAACUAUCUCAAUCAGAAUGCAUAUGCAGCCACAGCCAUCAACAGCACCAGUUUCUGCACGUCUGCUCGUGACGCCUUCGUGAUUCUGGUGGAGAACGCUCUGCGCGUCGCUACAAUCAACGCCAUCGGAGACUUCGUGCUCUUCCUGGGGAAGAUCCUGAUUGUGACGUCAACAGCGUUCGCCGGCGUCCUCCUCCUCAACUACCAGCGGGAUUACGCUGAGUGGCUGCUGCCUCUGAUCAUCGUGUGUCUCUUCUCCUUCCUCGUGGCUCACUGCUUCCUGUCCAUCUUUGAGAUCGUGGUGGACGUCCUCUUCCUGUGCUUCGCCAUCGACACCAAGUACAAUGACGGGACUCCGGGGAAGGAGUUCUUCAUGGACAAAGCUCUGAUGGAGUUUGUAGAAAACAGCCGGCGGUUGGAGCGAGCAGUGGAACGUGGGCGGAGCCGGGUUAAGGAAGCGGUGUCUGAGAGGGCGGAGAUGAAGCCCAUGGUGAGUGACAGCAGUGAUGAAGGGGGCGUGGCCAGGCAGAAGAGCUCGUCAGAGGAGGAGGGAGUGGGGCUUGAUGUGGGUGGAGGGGAGUGGGAGGAGCUUCAGGAGUUCCAGGUGUACUACCUGCUGGUGGGGGUGCUGGUGGACUGGGUGCUGACAGAGCAAAGCGACUUCAUCCUCUGUCUCAGUGAGGACGUCGUCCUCUUCCUCUGCGUCUACCUACCCACCUCCACCCUCUUCCUUUUCGUCAGCAUGCUGCACACGCCAAGCCUCGCCCCCUCCAGCAAUAAAUCAGCCGUCAUCACUGCCAAGAGCUAACGGACAUGUGCUAACUCCAACACCAUAUGCAUGCUAACAAACAUGCUAACGGACAAGAACUAACAAACACACAGAUUGUCUUAAGCUGAUUGGAAGAACACUUACGCAUGCUAACCUGCCUCAUUCUUCAUCAUCAUCAUCAUCAUCAUCAUCAUCAUCAUCAUCCUCAUCCCUGCUGCUUCUUCUUUAACAUCUGGAACCACUUACAGACUUUCUGUUCGUUUUAAUUUAUUUUUUUUACUUUUAUAUUUAAACCUUUUAAAAUAAUUUAUGUUGCAGCUGUUUGUGUUUUUGUGUUUGGCCUUAUUUUGUCACCGUCGUGCUUUACGGACUCAGCAGAUGAUGCAGCUCCUCAUGUGUUUACAUUUAUAAUAUCGUCUCUGGGUCUGGUUCAUUAAGCUAUAAGGUUUUCAGCUUUAUUCAGUCUUGUUAGUUACACUUCAAGAACCGGUGUAAGCUCCUGCUCAAAGAGUUUAAUUUAAUGUCUCAAUAAUAAAAAAAAAAAUCAUCUGCUGGGUCCAAACCUUUUGCACAGAUGUUCAAACAUGAACUGCUGUGAUUCAUGCUGUGAGUCAUGUUCAGACCAGACAUCAAGGUGACAAUUAAUGUUUGGGUUUCAGUAUUUUUAGACUCAGUCCAUCUUAACCUGAACACAAAAUAAUCCACACCAUCAUGCCAUGUGAACUUUGUUACGCCCUGAAACAAAGCUGCUUUGUCCAUCUACUACAGCGUCUCCUUUUACAAAGGUAUUACAUUUUUCAUUCAGUCAGCUGCCUGUCAGCUGUCAGUCACAGAUGAGGUAAAUAUCAGUCUGACAGGUAUGCUCCUUCGAUGGGUUUCAGGUGAAAGUGUAGAUGUUUGUUUCAAACAUUCAGUAUAGUCACAGGUCAAACCUUUAGACUAAAUGUUCAUGGGAUGUUGACAUGAAGGAGACAGUACAGCUGAGGUAACCCCUGCAGACAAAGUGAUCCAGAAAUCUACUGAAAAAUCCAACAUUUGAAUAACUUCUGAUGAAACAUAAACUAGUAACUUAUUUUUCAGCUUCCCGUCAUGAAACAACAUUAAACAACUACAAAGAGACUAAAAGACUACAAAGAGACCAAAUAAACUACAAAGAGACUAAAAAACUACAAAGAGACCAAAUAAACUACAAAGAGACUAAAAAACUACAAAGAGACCAAAUAAACUACAAAACAACUUCAAAGAUACACAAAAAGACACAAGACAGAAACAUCUACAAAGAGACACAACACAUCUACAAAAAGACAAAAACAUGGGUUAAAAAAUGACCAAGAAAAAGACACAAUUACCUCAAAGAGACAAAAAAGAAAAAACUAUCACAGAAGACACAGAAAAACGUUCCCUUGAAAAAAAAUGGCUAACAACCACACAGAUACAAAUUACAAAAACGUCCUUGUGUGACGGAAAAAAAUCAAAAUAUAACAGUUUCUGCUUGUUCUGGGUCUGGACUCAUGACCUACGUUUUUUUAAAAUUUUUAUCAUGCUUCAACCACUGGUCUUGACUACCCAUGAUGCUUCGUUCUCAUUCUUCAUUAUCCUCAUUAACCGCGUCCCCAUCACCUUCCUGUAUGUUGACCUCUAUGAGAACAAUGAAAGGUUUAACCUUUGGACUCGUUUCCUAUUUCAGGCUCCGGGGACAAGCUCAGCUUGACGUAAAUCAGCCAAUGGGACUUCUUUAAAAACAGAGACAUUCCAGAAGUUUAUUUUUACCAACGUGUAACAUGUUUACUAUGGUUUCACUCCAGGGAAAACGAUAUUUUAAUAACAAACUGUACAAACUAUGUAACAAUGUAAUGAAGCACUUUAUAUUGAAGCGCUGCAGAUUUUAAACCGCCUGAUGCAUUUUUUUUGUAGUGAUGUCGUUUUUUAUAAAAUCCACUUAUCGCCCGCCCACUCUGCAGCUUUUUUCAUAAACCACACCCUCUUCAGCUGGACGCCAUGUUGGAUCACAGCGCUGUGACAUCAUCAGAGCACAGCAGCUAAAUGGUUCAUGAGAUCUGUCUGUGGAGCUGUCAUCAUAGAAACAAGCUGGAACAAGGAUCUGAUUGGCUGUUGUGGGUCAGCUGAUGAAGGCCUGUUGAACAGUUGCAGUGUGACGCCUGUUUCUGAUGCCAUAUUGGACAAAUCAUCGUAAAGGCGGAGCCCUUGCUAACAUAUCAAACACCUGAAAACUCACCUAGGGAGCGGGGUGGCUCUCCACAAACUGCUAUAACCUACAAGGUGAGAGUCAUGUGACUCCUGAGGAAGCCAAGCUAUCAAUCUUACUGGCGUGCUACUGUUAACGUGUUAGCAUGUUAUUAUGAACAGAGCUGCUGUUUGACACAUUAUUGAACACAAAACUUUGAAACAUUUAGCAGCUCCAUAAUGCUAACAUGCUAACCACUGUGUGAUUUAAUGAGAUAAACUGGUUCAGUCAGACAUGUUCCCCUCAGGAUGAACUCUUAGAACCUUGUUGAUUGACUUUCUAUCAAGCGCUAUCAUCAGGUCAACAUGUUUUGUGUUUGAUACUUCAGUUUUUGAUGAGACAC